UAUGUUUUAUUUAAGUUUCUCAAAAAGCAUUUUGAAAAAAUUAAAUUAGUACAUAAAAAGGAAAAAAUAGUUCGGCGUCUUCCGAAAAUUCGAGUUAAGUCCCAAGCAAAGAUAAUGGUCAAAAUUAGAGAAUUUAAAAGUAGUGAUAAAGACGAGCAAUCAGCGAGACAGCUAUCAUCUUCAUUUGAUGAGACUGACUUUGAGUUUCUUGAUGAAUCUGUGAUAGAGGAUGAAGAAGCAUCAUACAAAAGCAUUAUUUCAAAAAAAAUAUUGACUCUAGAUUUUUCAAAAAAUUCAUCAUCCAUACAACUUGGAAUUGGAGGUGCCACUGGAUGGCUCACUGGGUAUCUAGUUGGCAAAGUGGGUAAAGCACUUGCUGCAGCUGUUGGAGGAAGCAUUUUGUUAUUGAAUAUGGGAACACGUGCCGGAUACAUCACUGUUGACUGGGAGAAAGUUGAUACAGAUGUCAGAACAGCAAGUGAUACUGUUAGCCACCACAUUGCUCAAAAGAAAGAGAAUGAACAAACAAAGAGGUUUUUUGAGAAGGAAAAACUGAUUGGUACAGUUGUUGUUGAUAGUCGCAAUGAAGUUGUGCAUUCUGGUAUUACAUUAACCUUAGAGGGUACUGUCAGCAUGCAACUAAGUGCAAAAAGUGUUGGUUUGUUUGAAGCAUUUUAUAACUCAAUUAAACCUGUUUCCCUUUUACGCAAUGUUAUUGAGGUUGCUAAACCAGGAAAAUUACCAAGUGGUCAUAAUGAAAUACCAUUUGAAGUUGUAUUAGCGCCAUUGAAAAAUAGAACUUUAUAUGAAUCUUAUCAUGGUGUGUUUAUCAAGAUUAUGUAUGAAAUAAAAUGUGAAAUGAAAAGAUCAUUACUGAAUAAAGAUCUACAAAAAACGUGUGAUUUCCUGAUAGAGUAUAAACCUAAAUUUACUAACCAACAGCCAAAUAAAGAAGUUCCCUUCAAAAUCUCAUCUAAAGCAUUAACACAAAAAGUUUCUGGAAAAAUUCCAAAUUGCAUAGUGACAGGAUUUUUGAGGUCAGUAAAUUGUAACAUUGUCGACCCAUUCUAUGGUGAAUUGACUAUAGAAAAUUCUGAAAUGCCAAUAAAAUCAAUUGAACUGCAACUUGUAAGAGUUGAAACAUGUGGGUGUGCUGAAGGUUAUGCUAAAGACGCCACAGAAAUUCAAAAUUUGCAGAUAGCUGAUGGUGAUGUUUGUAGAGGAAUAUCUAUUCCGAUUUACAUGGUUUUACCUCGUUUAUUUACCUGCCCUACACUAGAAACUACAAAUUUUAAAAUAGAAUUUGAAGUCAAUCUUAUUGUUGUGUUCAGCGAUGAUCAUAUAUUGACAGAAAAUUUUCCAAUUCGAGUUUAUCGAUAGUUUUAUAAAAAUUAGUAUUUUUUUUUUGAAAUUGUAAACAUUAAUAUAUAUUAAUUUUGUAAUAAUUUUUUAUUUUAAUACUUAAAUCAAUGCUAAAACACGGUGUUUAUAAUUUGACUUUUUUUUUAUUAUAAUUUUUUAUAUUUGUUUUAUGACUUUAUAUUUAUUAUUUCUAUGUUAAUCAUACUUUUAAUAUUAGUUUAUGAUUCUUUUUGUUAUUUGUUUUGUUUUCUUUUUCAUUGUUUUGAUUCUUUUUUUAAGUUUCUUUUUAAAUUCUUUACAUUUGAAAGAUGUGUGAAAUUAAAAGAUGCAUAAAAUUAGGAGUCUUUCCCCAAAAAACAUUUAUAGCCUUUUUCAUAUAGAUUAUGCUUAUGUAUAUUUCUAGUGGGGACAUAUUUGGGUUUGGUUUUGAGAUCAUUUACAGAUUGCUAUUUCAUAAUAACAUUUUUAUAUUAUAAUUAGUUUUAAUUACUAGUUUAUUUAUCUUUUUAAAAGAAUUUUGUUUUGAAUUGAACAUAAAGUAGAACAGAUUUAACAAAAAAUUUUUUUUUUUUAUUAUGAAUAAGUCUUGAUUUUCAAAGGGUUUUUUCUUACUGUUAUAAUUUUUGAUAUUUGAAAGCAUUUUGUUUAGA